GGCUUAGCCGUGGCGGCGGGAAGAUGGAGGCGACCGCGCUGGCCGCGUCGGGCCCUCUGGCGGCGCUGACGGUGCUGCUCGGCGGCCUCGUGCUUGCGGCGCUGCUGCUGCUGGUGCUGGGGAAGGGGCGGGGGACGCGGCUCGGCGCGGAGAAGGACGCGGAGCCCCGCGAGGAUCUGAAUGUGAACAGCAGCAUGCCCAGCAAAACCUCAGGCCUGAAGCAGAAGCAGCACCAGCGAAUCCGGAAAGAGAAACCCCAGCAGCAUGCCUUCGCGCACCCGCUCCUGGCAGCAGUCCUCAAGGGCCACAGCGGGAGCGUCACCUGCCUCGACUUCAGCAGCAACGGGAAAUACCUGGCAUCCUGCUCUGACGACCGCACAGUGCGUGUCUGGAGCACCAAGGACUUCUUGGAGCGGGAGCAUCGCUCCUUGCGGGCCAACGUGGAGCUGGAUCAUGCCACCCUGGUCCGCUUCUACCCGGACUCCAGAGCUUUCAUUGUCUGGCUUGCCAACGGUGAGACCCUCCGGUUCUUUAAGAUAGCGAAGAAAGAGGAUGGCAGCAUGACAUAUGUGGCAGUUCCAGAAGAGUUUCCAAAGCAUCACAAAGGCCCCAUCAUCAACAUUGAAGUGGCUGACACAGGGAAAUACAUCAUGACAGCCUCAAGUGACACGACCAUCUUGAUCUGGGACCUGAAGGGGGAUGUCUUGGCCACCAUCAACACCAAUCAGAUGCACAACACCUUCGCAACUGUGUCCCCAUGUGGGAGGUUUGUCGCCUCAUGUGGCUUCACCCCCGAUGUGAAGGUGUGGGAAGUGUGUUUCAGCAAGAGUGGGGAAUUCCGGGAGGUGACCAGGGCCUUUGAGCUGAAGGGACACACUGCUGGUGUGUACUCCUUCUCUUUCUCCAAUGACUCCAGACGGAUGGCAACUGUGUCGAAGGACGGCACGUGGAAACUGUGGGACACAGAUGUGGAGUACAAGAAGCAGCAGGAUCCGUACCUGCUGCUGACAGGGAAGUGUGAGGUGGCGGAGCCGUGCCGCAUCGCCCUGGCGCCCGAUGCCCGCGCUCUGGCCAUCUCCUGCGGCACCAGCAUCUUUGUUUACAACACCCAGAGGGGUGAGGAGGAGGAGCGCUUCGAAGCUGUCCAUGGGGAGCACAUCACAGACUUGGCUUUCGAUGUGAACAGCUGCUUCUUGGUGUCCUGUGGGGACCGAGCCAUCCGUGUCUUCCACAACACGACUGGCUACCGGGCUGUGGUGGAGGAAAUGAAAGGCCUGCUCAGAAAGGCGACCAGCGAGGCCACCAAACAAAGACUGCAGCAACAGAUCACGCAGGCGCAGAGUGCCUUGAGCAGCAUCUAUGGCAAGAGCAAAGACUGAGCUCCCACUUCCAGGAGGGCAGCCUUGGGGCUAGGAUUUUAAUCACUGGGGGUGAGAGCAAAUAAAAACCGUUUUGCACA